AUGAUUAAGUGGCGCGGCAGCCCUGUCCCUCUCUCGGGUCCCAUGCUUACGGUCCUCUCUUAUCUGCGUGCUGUUAGAAACUGGGACCUUUCGCCAGACGAUGUUCUCAGGGUAAUGAGAGAUGGUGGCGCCAGUAUAAAGAAACUGCGUGUGGAUGAUAACUUUGCCAGCCACCAACUACAAAAUGAUGGAUGGACUCGACCACAGAAGAACAAAUUUUCAGUUAGCAGUUUGUUUCAGGAAGAAAUCUUGAAAAGAAGGUCUGAUACGGAAAGAAAUCAUGAUGAGAGCACCAUUAGCAUCACCAUUAACAACACCAUCCUAACCAUAUUCAUAACCACCACCACCACUAUCAACACCAAUUCGACGCCGGCUUUCAAAAUCUCACCACAGGAAGUCCUUCAAUCAAGAAAUUCUUUAGUUAGCCUUGACAUUCCUCAGGGAUUAAGGAUGCUGUACCAAUCUCUUCUGCCAUUAUUAGCACAGGCUAAGAUUACGUUCGAACACAAAGAUAAAAUGUUAGCUCUUUCUCGGAUGUCGCUAGAUAAGUGUGUAGCACUGAAGGCGGCCCUGUUGAUCCAGCGCUGGUACAGGCGAUACUGCGCUCGCUUGGAAAUUCGCCGUCGAUAUACCUGGACGAUUUUCCAGACGAUCGAAUAUGCAGGUGAACAGGAUCAAAUGAAGCUGUACAAUUUCUUCAACGCUCUCUUGACACACAUGGGCACAGGGUCUAUCAACGAGAUUAUGGAAGCGCUGUCACCUAGAGCUUCACCAACAGGAGGUCUUGAUAUACUCUUACCUCUCCACGCCCGCUACGUCUACAUGAUCCUGAGGGAGGGCGUUCGGGUGCUGCGGCAAAGGACGACCAUCACGCACGCCACCACCGCCAUCUCGGGUCAAAUCACGGUGGUCGGGGAUCUGCAUGGCAAGCUGGACGACCUCCUGACCAUUCUUUAUAAGAACGGCCUCCCCUCGACAGACAAUCCGUACGUGUUCAACGGCGACUUCGUGGACCGCGGCCGGAAGUCGCUCGAGGUCAUCCUUCUACUGCUCGCCCUCGUCAUCGUGUUCCCGGCGGAGGUCUACCUGAACAGAGGCAACCAUGAGGACCUCGUCAUGAACGCCAGGUACGGUUUUUGCAAAGAGAUCAGCCGGAAAUACAAGGCUCCUCACGGCCCGAGGAUCCUGCGCCUUCUGGAGGAGGUAUACCGCUGGCUGCCCCUCGCCACCAUCAUUGACAACAAAGUGCUGGUGGUCCAUGGCGGCAUCUCCCUUGACACCGAUCUCAAGUGGAUGGCGACGGCGGAUAGGAGCAAGUACAGGAGCGUCCUCAGAACUCCCGCGGCGAGGCUGGAGGAGGGCGAAGGGGAGGGCGACGACGGCGACGAAGGAUCAGAGGCCUGUAAGGAGGUCAGGCUCUUCACGGCGACCUACGAGUGGAAGCAGGUGCUGGACCUUCUGUGGAGUGACCCCCAGCCCCACUUGGGAUGUCGCCCCAACUCCUUCAGGGGCGGAGGAAGUUACUUCGGUCCUGACAUCACCAGGGACCUGCUCAUGAAGAACGGCCUCUCUCUCCUUAUCCGAUCCCAUGAGUGCAAACCAGAGGGAUACGAAUUCACGCAUAACAAUACGUGUCUGACCAUCUUCUCCGCCUCCAACUACUACGAGGCCGGGUCGAACAGAGGGGCCUACGUCAAGCUGCAGGGCCCUCGCCUGGAGCCCCACUUCGUCCAGUACACGGCAGCCACUCGCAGGUCUCGAAAACUGACCAUACGAGAGCGCGUGGGAAGGAUGGAGACGUCUGCCUUCAGGGAACUGCGAAGUCAAAUCAACGCCUCGAAGUCCAGACUCCUACAGGCAUUCCAGCAGAAGGAUAAAGACAACAAAGGGUACAUCACCGUGAGCGACUGGGUGGAAGUGAUGGAAAGAGAGAGUCACCUCAACCUGCCGUGGCGAGUGCUGAGGGAGAAGAUAGUGACAUUGCAUCCCAUCACAGAUAUGGUCGAUUACAGGAGUACCUUCAGUGAGGAAACUUUCAAGAAGAAUUUGGCCGUGAAGGGCGGUCCUACGGUGGUCGAAGCUCUUUAUAGACACAAGAGUAGUAUGGAGACGAUCUUCAGGUUAAUUGAUAAAGAUAAUUCAGGUUACAUCAGCAUGGACGAAUUCAGCGAGACGUGCGAGCUGCUGAGUCGCCACAUCGACGUCCCGAUCCCCAAGGACGACAUCGCCGACCUGGCCCGCUCGAUCGACAUCAACAAGGACGGAUACAUCGACUUCAACGAAUUCCUCGAGUGUUUCCGCAUCGUCGAGUCGGGUCGACUGACGAUCGACGAGGAGGACGAAGACGACGAGAGGGACGAGAACGGCCCCCUCAUCGUCGACGAGAAAGCGGCUGUCUAG